UAAUGUCAAAACGUCGAUUACGUUCCUUUUUCUUGUCUUCUACAGAUUAAAAGCUGGUUUUAUUAAAAUAAGCAAAGAAAAAAUCGUUUAUCAUAAUAUCAAUCAAAUCUACUCGGAAAAAUAUUAUUUUUCUGUAAAAGCUAGCUGAGGAGAUUUUGUCAGCCAUUAAAAUUUUCUUCAGUACAUACAACCAUUGUCCCCGUGCUUAUAGCAAAAGUGAGUUUGUUGAAAACAGUGUGCUCAUAUAAAACUGAAAUUAGUUGGCUAGAGCAACACAGAAUACUGUAAAAUGGCAUUAAAAAGAAUUAAUAAGGAGCUACAGGAUUUAGGAAGAGACCCCCCAGCACAAUGUUCGGCAGGACCUGUGGGAGAUGACUUGUUUCAUUGGCAAGCCACUAUUAUGGGACCUCCUGACAGUCCGUAUCAAGGAGGUGUAUUUUUCUUAACUAUACAUUUCCCAACAGACUAUCCGUUUAAGCCACCAAAAGUGGCAUUUACAACACGUAUAUAUCAUCCUAACAUAAACAGUAAUGGAUCUAUCUGUCUCGAUAUAUUAAGAUCUCAGUGGUCGCCAGCACUAACAAUUUCAAAGGUUCUACUAUCAAUUUGCUCUCUGUUAUGUGAUCCUAAUCCGGAUGACCCACUUGUUCCAGAGAUUGCCAGAAUAUAUAAAACUGACCGAGAUAAAUAUAAUGAACUUGCUCGAGAAUGGACACGAAAGUAUGCUAUGUGAUGCGUUCCCAAUGAAGAAAAGCAGAUGAUCCGUCA